AUGUGCGGCCACGCCGUCCUCUGCCUGGCCCGCUUCGCCCUCGACUUCGGCCUUUGCCCGACGCCGCCCUCGCCCGGCGAGGUGCCCAUCAUCCUCCACUGCCCCUGCGGGCCCGUCACCGCCUUCGCCCGGUGGGACGGGCAGCGCUCCGGCACCCGCACCCGCUUCCACAGCGUGCCCGCCUUCGCCCACGCCACCGAUGUCCCCAUUGAAGUUCCUGGAUAUGGAAAAGUAAUUGUGGAUGUUGGCUACGGUGGCACUUUCUAUGCAUUUCUCAGUGCUGACCAGUUAGGGCUCGAUGUUAAUUCUUCAAGGAUCCAGGAUCUGGUGGAUGCAGCCUCUGCCGUAACAGAAGCAGUGAAGGCUCAGUACAAAGUUUGCCAUCCUGUAAUUGAAGAUGUGGCUUUCAUUUAUGGAACUAUACUCACAGAUGGAAAAGAUGAAUUCAGAGAUGAACCAACCAGCAACAUAUGUGUGUUUGCAGAUGCACAGGUUGACCGAAGUCCGACUGGGUCAGGUGUGACAGCUCGUAUUGCCUUGCAGUACCAUAAAGGACUAAUUCAGCUGAAUCAGACCAGGACCUUCAGAAGCAGUUCAACCGGCUCCUUGUUCACUGGAAAAGCAAUAAAGGAAACGAAAUGCGGUGAUCACAAUGCUGUUAUAGUAGAAGUCUCGGGAGAAUCUUUUUAUACCGGAACAUCAACAUUCACUUUUGAAGAGGAGGACCCCCUGAAAUAUGGUUUCUUUCUGAAAUAACCACUGCUGUUUUGCUUCAGUUCUGCCAGUCACUGAGAUCAGAAAAGUGCAUGUCAAAUUUAUUGUUUUUUUAAAAAAUGGGUAUUGACCCAUUAUCAUUUACUGUCCAUUAAUACUCAAAUUCCAUUUCACAUGGAAUUUAGAAGUUUCCUGUUUCUGCAGAACAAGAAAGGAGGUGAUAUAACAAAUAAAAGAUUGACCUUUGCACCAUUUAGGUUUUAACUUUAUCUUACUAUCACUUCUCACCUCCUCCCAACAAACUGGCCCUUAUUUUGGCUGUCCUUCUGCAGACAUGUGAAGACCUUUCUCCUCAGGCAGGCUCUCCCUCAAAGAUUGGCUG